AUGUCUACCUUAGGAACACUCGCCUUCGAUGAAUAUGGAAGGCCUUUUAUUAUCAUUAAAGAUCAGGAUAAGAAAUUUCGUCUCACGGGCCUUGAUGCUUUGAAGUCACACAUCAUGGCAGCAAAAGCAGUGGCCAACACCCUUAAGACGUCACUGGGUCCAAAUGGCCUUGACAAGAUGAUGGUGGAUAAGGAUGGUGAAGUGACAGUCACCAACGAUGGUGCUACAAUUCUCAGCAUGAUGGAUGUCGAUCACCAGAUCGCCAAACUCAUGGUUGAGCUGUCCAAGUCACAAGAUGAUGAAAUUGGAGAUGGCACCACUGGUGUAGUUGUGCUUGCUGGAGCACUUCUAGAGCAGGCUGAGCAGCUGCUGGACAGAGGCAUUCACCCCAUCCGCAUAGCUGAUGGGUAUGACCAGGCUGCACGCAUUGCCAUUGAACAUCUCGAUAAGAUUGGGGACAGUUUCCCAGUGGACCCCAGCAACACAGAGCCACUCAUUCAGACAGCCAUGACAACACUCGGAUCCAAAGUCAUCAACCGAUGCCAUAGACAGAUGGCAGAGAUUGCUGUCAAUGCCAUCCUAACUGUGGCCGACAUGGAGAGGAAAGAUGUUGACUUCGAGCUCAUUAAGAUGGAGGGAAAAGUCGGAGGUAAACUGGAGGACACUCAGCUUAUUAAAGGCGUAAUCGUGGACAAAGAGUUCAGCCAUCCUCAAAUGCCCAAGGUCUUAAAAGACACAAAAAUUGCCAUCCUCACUUGCCCGUUUGAGCCACCCAAGCCUAAAACCAAGCAUAAGCUUGACGUCACCUCUGUGGAGGACUAUAAGGCUCUGCAGAAGUACGAGAAGGAGAAGUUUCAGGAGAUGAUUAAACAAGUGAAGGAGAACGGUGCCAACCUUGCCAUUUGUCAGUGGGGUUUUGAUGAUGAGGCAAAUCACUUGUUGCUGCAGAAUGAGCUCCCUGCUGUCCGCUGGGUUGGAGGACCUGAGAUCGAGCUCAUUGCUAUCGCCACCGGAGGACGCAUCGUGCCUCGUUUCUGUGAGUUGACGCCAGAGAAGCUGGGUACUGCUGGCCUGGUGAGGGAACUCUGCUUUGGGACCACUAAAGAUCACAUGCUUGUCAUAGAGGAAUGCAAAAACUCCAGAGCUGUUACUAUCUUCAUCCGUGGAGGAAACAAAAUGAUUAUUGAAGAGGCUAAGAGAGCACUUCACGAUGCCCUGUGCGUUAUCCGUAACCUGGUUAGAGAUAACAGGAUUGUUUAUGGUGGUGGAGCUUCUGAAAUCUCCUGUGCUCUUGCUGUGAACGAGGCAGCUGAUAAGUGCCCGUCUCUGGAACAGUAUGCUAUGAGAGCAUUUGCUGAUGCUUUGGAAGUGAUCCCAAUGGCGUUGGCAGAGAAUAGUGGUUUGAAUCCCAUUCAGAACAUGACAGAGGUCAGAGCCCGGCAAGUGAAGGAAAACAACCCAGCACUCGGAAUCGACUGCCUGCGUCUGUCAACAAAUGACAUGAAGCAGCAGCAUGUGAUUGAGACGCUCAUUGGAAAGAAACAGCAGAUUUCUUUGGCAACCCAGGUGGUGAAGAUGAUCCUGAAGAUAGAUGACAUCAGAAACCCCGGAGAAUCUGAAGACUAGUCUGUGUUUUCAUGUUUCAAGCUCUUUGACGGAAUUGGUGUUGUCAGAACCUUCUUACCGUUAUUUAUCAUUUGAUAUGCUUCUCAGCCACUGUGUAGAGCAGAAAUGAUCAUUAAAACAUUGCUCUGUUAGACUGUAA